GAUGGUGGCAAAUCUGGUGUCACUACCCUGUCUGUCAACUUGUCAGCCCAUAUGUAUGUCUGUCUGUCUAUAUGUCUAUGGGUUUUUCUCUAUUUAUCUAUCUAUCUGUAUGCCUAUUGUUGUGUCGAUCUUUCUAUCUGACCAUCUCUCUAUCUUUAUGUCUAUCUGUAUGUCUGCCUAUAUUUCUAUCUAAUUUCUUUACAGGGGUCACGGCCCUGUCGGGUUUUUUUCUACAUUCCACGAAGGAGGGGCCCACACACAGUGGGAUCGCCCUCAUAGGCUGAGCGCGGCCCUCCCUCCUCUCCUUUAAAACGCGACUUCUUACCUGAGUUUUACUAAAGAGCCGCACCUCCUCGUUUUAGUCGCUCGUCUGUCUUCUGUCUUUCGGCUUCAAAUAAACUGUUUGAAAAGAGAAAAGCAAGGCGCCGACCGGAUCGGACCCUCUUUCAGAACUAUCCCAGUUGUUUUUUUUUUUCCAUUUUCUAGGGUAUCAACAUUCAGUCAAGCUUGAAGAAGAAACAUUUUGCGUCAACUCUUUGUGACGACUGAGCGCCGAGCAAUCGACCGAAACAAAGGAUCCUCGCCUCUCGUCCCGCUGCCUCCGUCAUAAUGCCUGGAGUUAGGGAACUCAUGGAGCUGAGGAGGGUCCCCAUGGAGGCCGACGACGAUAGCACCGCCAGCUUGGAGGAACAUUUCAGAGGUCCCAUUGAUGUGGAGAAGUCCACCAUCGCCAGCAGUCAAUAUAUAGACGAAAAUGACGAUGGGGAAGAUGACAGGUUCUUAUCAAAUGGGCUGAUGAAGAAGAAGAAAUAUGAGGAAGAAGAAUAUCAUCCGGGCCACGCCUCCUUCGGCAUGUCGGUCUUCAACCUGAGCAAUGCCAUCAUGGGCAGCGGCAUCCUGGGCCUGUCCUACGCCAUGGCCAACACCGGCAUUGUUCUCUUUACAAUCCUCCUAGUCGCUGUGGCCAUCCUCUCCUUGUACUCCGUUCAUCUUCUCCUCAUGACGGCAAAAGAAGGAGGAUCUCUGAUCUACGAGACGCUGGGGCACAAAGCGUUCGGUUGGCCGGGAAAAAUGGCUGCCUUCAUAUCAAUAAUCAUGCAAAACAUUGGAGCCAUGUCCAGCUACCUCUUCAUCGUGAAGUACGAGCUCCCUGAAGUCAUCCGAGCCUUCCUACACUUAGAGGAGAAUUCAGGGGAAUGGUACCUAAACGGAAACUACCUGGUGGUGUUCGUGUCCAUCGGAAUUAUUCUGCCGUUGUCCCUCCUGAAAAAUCUGGGUUACCUGGGCUACACCAGUGGCUUUUCACUGUCUUGUAUGGUCUUCUUCCUGGUUGUGAUUAUCUACAAGAAGACCCAGCUGCCCUGCCCUCUCCCUUUCAUGUACUCGUCCAACCUCAGUAUGAACGGCAGCGACAUUUCCAGGCUGUACGCGCUACGACACAACAUGUCGCAGUUGGACUUCUCGCGGGCCGACGUCUCCCCAGUGGUCACCAGCAACCAGGGCGACCACCACACCACGAGCGUCCACUUCGAGCCUCACCCCGACGACGAGGAGAUGUGCAGGCCCAAAUACUUCGUCUUCCAUUCUCAGACUGCGUACACUGUCCCCAUCCUGGCCUUUGCAUUUGUCUGCCAUCCUGAGGUGCUGCCUAUCUACAGCGAGCUAAAAGAUCGCAGCCGGAAAAAAAUGCAGAGGGUCUCCAACCUGUCCAUCCUGGCCAUGCUCAUCAUGUACAUGCUGUCGGCUCUGUUUGGCUACCUCACCUUUUAUGACUUUGUGGAGGCCGAGUUGCUGCACACCUUUACCAAAGUUUACAAGUUUGACACCAUGCUGCUCCUGGUGCGCCUGGCUGUCCUCACCGCCGUCACGCUCACUGUCCCCAUCGUGCUUUUCCCUAUCCGCUCCUCCAUCACCACGUUGCUCUUCAAGGGCCGUGACUUCAGCUGGACUCGCCACCUGGUGAUCGCCGCGCUCAUCCUGGCCUUCAACAACAUGCUAGUCAUCUUCGUUCCCACAAUCAGGGACAUCUUUGGCUUCAUCGGUGCUUCUGCAGCUACAAUGCUCAUCUUCAUCCUUCCUGCUGCCUUCUACCUCCGCCUGGUUAAGUCGUUACCAUACAACUCCUGGCAGAAGAUUUCGGCGGCGGUCUUCCUGGCCGUGGGGGUGGUCUUCAUGAUUGGCAGCUUGUCGCUGAUCGUUCUCGACUGGAUCCAUCACCCACCCGGCACCAGCCACGCCCAUUAAAGACCCCUCCUCCUCACUUUCGGAUUUAUAUUUAAGAAAGCAGCAGUCAUCCCUUUUCCAUCCACACCACAAUCUUCAUCACUUCCCUCGAUUGAAUUAUUCAGAAAAUCUUCAGUGCAUCGACCGGAUAUGCUGCAUCCUCAGAACAUCAUUUGGAGGACUUUUUUUUUUUUUCUUUUGUACGUUAGAAUGUAACAACUUCAGACUUUGAUGUAAUACGCCGUUACAGGCAGUCUGGAAUCAUCAUUGCGAUGACGAUAUCGUACUUCCAGCUGUGAAGAUACUGAGCAAAUCUUUCACUUGAAGAACAGCAUUGUGAUUGGACCGCAGGGCUGGAACAGGUGAUGGCGUUUCCCGCCGUUUUCCUCUUUCUUCUAAAAUUAAGCUACAUUUACAAAUGGAGUGUGUCGUCAUCCAUGAAAAACAAGCACUUCAGUUACUUUUCACUUUAUGUGGAGAUGCAGUAGACACCCCCACUCAUAUCAAAUAUAUGCACACAUAUCAAAACAUGUAUUUCUUUAAGCUACUGUCCAUGAAAUUAAUCAACAAAGACGGUUAAGCGGAAAAAUAAUCUCCCCCCCCCCACUUAAAUUUAUUUAAAAAAAAUAAAAAUAAAAAAUCAGAAACCUUGCCAAAGUCUGCGUUCGUCAGGACGAUCGUCUUGGCCAGCUGUGUACAAGAAGGUGCUUUUCAGUAUUACUGUCAUACAGAACUCUGAACAUGGAGGAGACGGAUGUACAUAAUCACCUGUAGCUACUGCAUUAAGUAGCAUUGUACAUAUCAUAGCGUUCUCUGUUGUUCAGGUUACGCGUAGACGAAGGGUCAUUUCAAGCAACAUGCCUACUGGAAUAACCUAUCAGACAUAAAGUAGGACUAGACUGCUGGACGGAGAAUCACUUGUGUUGCUUUUACACAGAGUUAGCUGAAACAUCCAGAGGUAACUAGAGUUUCAUCAGCGAAAGCUGAAAUAGUUUCACUAAAUAUCCGUAACAUCUCUUGCUAUGUAUUUGUAUCGUAACUCCUAACUCUUACUUCAAACGUUUAUCAUGUGAAUGCUACAUUUGUAGCCAAGUUUGCAGCUACCUGCUGAUAUUAGGCUGGAGCCCGGCUGACUUUUCUAGAAAUUGCAGCUCAGAUUUGGAAAUGAUGUCAGAGACGAGGAACAGCUCAUUACUUUAGCUAGGUACCCGUUAUACGUGUGAGAUGGCCACAUUGGUUUGAAGUUGGUGACUGAUGUAAUUACAGUUUCAACAUGUGGUCCAGUUAGGGUUUUUUCCAACUUGGAAGAACUGGAGAAACAUAUUUUUCUAGCCUCAGAUUUGAGGUGGUAGCUAAACAUCAACAGAAUAUUGUGGUUCAACUGAGAGGAAAACUGAACAAAUAGGGGCAGAUGAGAUGUAUGUGAAGGUCUUUACUCAAAAAAAUAACUUACAUUUUUUUUUAAUUUCACACUUCAGAUUUAACUAUUUCAAAGUCAAACCAAUGAACUACAACUUUUAGAGAAAGUAGUGAAGGAUUUCAACAUAGUAAUAAUGUCUGUUACAGUCUGUUAUAGUCAAAGUAAGUGCUAUGCUAAUCAAUAGGUGUUUGAUAAAUGUCUUUGUAACGCUUUUGUACUAAAUCGUUUUUUAAGGAGUAACUUGAUUUGCAAUUGUCUUUUUCAUCAUUAUCAAAAGCUACAAAUAACAUCAGCUGUCCCAAAGCAUUUAGUUUUAAAGCCCCCAAUAAUUACCAGUUAUCAAUAAUUUGGACAAAAGUGGGCAAACACAAAUGUCAAAUUAAAACAUCUUCCCAUUUUAGCCAUGGUAUCAUGAAUAGCCAUCAGCUGCAUGCU